GGUGACGUGUUGGGGCGGGGAGGGGGCGGAGGAGGAAGAGGAGGAGACGCGGAAGUGCCGGGUCGGGUCCGCUCGAGGCGCCAUGGGGGGGUCGGGCAGCCGCCUGCCCCGCGAUCUCCUGGGGGAGUACCAGGAGCUGACCUUCCUGACCAAACAGGAGAUCCUGCUGGCCCACCGGCGGUUCAGUGAACUGCUGCCCAAGGAGAGCCGGGAGCAGGCUCUGGCCACGCGGAUCCCCGAGAGCAAGAUCCUGACGCUGCCUGAGCUGCGGGCAAACCCGUUCCGGCACCGGAUCUGCCGGGUCUUCUCCACAGCUGGGGACGGGCAGGGCGGCCUCUCCUUCGAGGACUUUCUGGACAUGCUGAGUGUCUUCAGCGACUCAGCCACGCCGGAGAUCAAGUCGCAUUACGCCUUCCGCAUCUUUGACUUUGAUGAUGACGGGACCCUCGACAAAAAGGACUUGGAAAACCUGGUGAACUGCCUGACUGGUGAAGGCGAGGAGAGCCGGCUGAGCCGUGUGGAGAUGGACCAGCUGAUCCAGAAUAUCCUAGAGGAGUCGGAUAUCGACAAAGACGGGACCAUCAACCUUUCGGAAUUCCAGCACAUCAUUUCCCGCUCGCCAGACUUCACCAGUUCCUUCAAAAUCGUGCUGUGAGCUUCUCCCCGCAGACCCCGCUGGGCUGCCUGCGGGAGGAUUCUGCUGCUGCGGCCCCACUCCAGCGUGACUGGACCCCCAAUGGUCUGCGGGGUCGGGGACUGCUGUGUCCAGACCGGAGCCAUGCAUCCACCCCCACCCCCCAGCGGGCACGGACUUCUCGGGGACCAACUGCAGCCUUGCCCCAGGCAGCCUGGGCUGGCUUUCAGCUCCCGUCUGGCAUGCAGGUGAGAAGCAGACCUGCGAGAACAUUCCUCUGUCUCCCGCUCGGCUCGCCGGGUGCUGGAGUGACGCAGUGCCUUCGCAGCAGAGCCAGGCCGCCUCUGCCUGCUGCCCUCUUGCCGAUUCGGGGUGGCCCUGGGCAUGGGGAAGUGGCUGGGGGGCCCGGCCAGAGGCCUUUGGCCCUCCCUGGGCCCUCCAGCUGAGAGGGGGCACCCGCGAUGGCUCUCUUGAAAGCCUUAAGCAUCCAACGCCUUUAAUACAUCCCGUCACUGCUGUGCUCGUUCUCCUUGGAGCCUAAUAAACCUCAGAAGCCAGA